AUGCUCAGGUCCAGGACCGUCUUCAACGCCGCCAAACGCGGGCUGGCGACCUUCGCCGGCGAGCCCGCCGCCGCUCCUCACCCGGUCCGCAAUUUCCUCGUCAAGUUCGCCGCAGCCACCUCUCUGUUCUACGUGGGAGGCGUCGCCCUCUCGGUCUACAACGACCAGUUCGAAGAGCUGUUCACCGACAACGUGCCGCUAGCCGAGCCGCUGGUCGAUUUUUACCAAUCCUACCGCGACGGCACCCUCCAGACCUCCAAGAUAUCGCUCGAGGAGCUCAAACUCAAGUUCGGUGAGCUCAGCAACAAGGUCGAGCAAAUCCCCAACGCAGGCGCCACCUCCAUGCUCGCGCAGACCGAUCCAGCUGCCAGCCCCAAGACCAAGGCCGCACAGGUCCUGGAAGACUCCCUUGUCAUGUUGCGUCUGCCCCAGGUCCCCCCAGUGGCCACCCUCGACACGGCCUCUGCUGCGGCUCCGUCCGCCGCGAACCACCUUGUCGACUCCGUCAACGAGAUCGUGGCCUCCGUCAACGCCCAGUCCCUGUUGCUGCCCGAGGAUAGUUACAACGCCGUCACGCUUGCCUGGGGCAAGCUGACCGCCGCCCUCCAACAACUCACCGCCGAUUUUGACCACGACGUCGCGCAGCAAGUCGCGCGCCGCUACGGCGAGGCCUCCGUCGAGCUCGAACACGCCUACGACGCUCGCCUUAAGGCCGCAGAGGUCGAAAUCACCCAGCGUUUCUUGGACGAGUUCGCCAACUUCAAGGCUCAGCUCGAAAAACACUCCUCGGAGGAAUUGGCGUGUGCUCUCCAGGCGAACGAGCAAGCGUUACUUGCGAAACAAUCCAAUGAAGUCGCCUUGCUCUCCAUCAAGCAAGUGGAGGAAUUCAACAAAAUUCUCAGCGAGAAACUCGACCAGGAAAGACAAGGCCGUCUGGCCAAGUUGGAAGAACUCAACACCAGUGUCGCCAAUUUGACUCAAGUCGUCGACAAAGUCGACGUUUUCGUCAAGAAAAACGAAGUGCUCACCCGUCUUACCCUCUUGACCACCGAGAUUCGCGACCGCUUGCAAUCUGGUGACCUCACCAGCGUUCAAUUGGAUGACCAACUCUCCGAGCUCAAGACUUUGUCGGACAUUCUCCCCGGCAAACCCCACAAAUGCUGCACCAAGACCCCACAUCUACUUGAUGUGCUUGUGGCUGAAUUGGAUCAACUGGCCGCUCAACAACAGAUUCUUUCCAAUGAGCAACUUUACAACAGAUGGAGCCUACUACAAGACGACUUGAAAACUGCUUCUCUAUUGCCUCCAAACUCUGGUAUCCUGGGUCAUUUGUCCGCCAAAUUCUUUAGUCUAUUUUUAUUCAACAAGUCUGGUUCUUCAGUUGAAAACGACAUGGAUAGCGUAAUUGCUCGUGUGAGCGAAAAUCUACGUUUGGCAAAUCUCGAAAAUGCUGUUGAAGAAGUGGUGAACUUAAAAGGCUGGCCACGCGUAUUGUGUGAUGAAUGGGUACAUGAGGCUAGAAAAAAAUUGGAAGUCGAAACGCUCGUCGACGCCUUGGACUGUGAAGUGAGAACUUUAUGA